AUGGGGAAACACAGGAGUAACGCAAACAAGAACAGUAACCCUAAGGCCACUAAUAACAGUAGUCUGACUGCUUCCACCACCCCCAAGAAACGAACCAGGCGAAGUGUUCCCAGAGAUGCACCUCUUCAACGUAGCUCAAAAUACAGAGGAGUCACUAGACACAGAUGGACAGGACGAUAUGAAGCUCAUUUGUGGGACAAGAAUUGUUGGAAUGAAUCGCAGAACAAGAAAGGACGACAAGUGUAUCUGGGUGCUUAUGAUGAUGAAGAGGCUGCAGCACAUGCUUAUGAUCUAGCAGCGUUGAAGUAUUGGGGUCAAGAUACCAUACUAAACUUUCCGUUAUCGACUUAUCUCAACAAAAUGAAAGAAAUGGACGGUCAGUCAAGGGAAGAAUAUAUUGGAUCAUUAAGAAGGAAAAGCAGCGGUUUUUCUCGGGGAGUUUCUAAAUACAGAGGCGUGGCAAGACAUCAUCAUAAUGGAAGAUGGGAAGCUCGCAUUGGCAGAGUUUUCGGCAACAAAUAUCUUUAUCUUGGGACUUAUG